AGCGUGGAGUUGUUUUCAGUAGUAACUUCGCAGUCGGCAUUCCUCGGUGGCUCUGGGAAUAUUUCGUCCCUUGUACACGACGUGUAUACUGCAGAGAGGGAGAGCGUAUUUCCUCCUUUGUAACGUCUCUCUUCCUUGAUUUUGGAAUCGGCCAAUCCUCCAUGAAGCGUCUCCAGUUGCUCCAAAUUGCUGCCGCUCGCCUCUCGGCCGGUACUCUCCAACUCUGGCAUGCCUUCACUGGCCUCCGAUACGUUUUAGAGUCCCCACCUCACCUCUCUGAGAGGUACACACCUCCCGGCCGGUGCCUCGGGUGGUUUGCGGAGCAAACGCUAUUCCAGGUGGCGAGAACUAAGCGGAGACUUUGAGGGGAUGUUGCCGCUCCCGCUUUGAAAUGACCUGGCGCUGAACCUUUGGCAAGCCCCGCCGCCAUCUUUAAAACUGGUCUUCAAACUCAAAUUUUUAUUCUUUGGCUUUUGGCUCGGCGCGAGACUUGAUUUUGAGUUGGACCCUUUUAGCGCUUUCGCUAUUCAUUUCCUGUUUGUUGUUGUACGAAUUCUUUUUGCCACAUGUCGACAUUGGAAAGCGCUCGAGAAAUACACUCGAGUUGAGUCGACGACCGUAAUUACACACGCGUGCGAUUGUUUCUCCUUUCUGCUCAUAUUUCCUUCCUCAUUUGCGCGUCGUAAUACUUUUGUCGAUCUCUAAGGGACAACGGUAAGUAAAACGCUAGCGCAUGCAGCCUGGCGUCAAGGUUGUACCUGCUCUGGCGCAUUUUGUGGCUCCGUCGGAUUUCAAUUUCCGCGACGAAACGACAAUUGGCCCAUAUACGCGUCAUUUGUAAAAUGGUCUGAAAUGUGACCGCUUUAUGUUUCAUGACUGGCCUUCGGAGAAACCUUUCUCUCCGUGAGUUGACCAGAGCAUGUUUGAGAAUUCUGUUGCCCAGCAACGGAGUCCCCAGACCAGCAGGCAAGGCCAGCCCUCGGCCAAACGAACCCCGGUGUCCCCGAACGCCAACCUGGGCGCGGGCUCGUCGGACUCUCCGUCCUCCGGAGGCCAACAGAGGCUGAAAAAUGCCAUCAACUUGGGCAAAGCCAAGAUGAAUGACCUGUUGAGGAGGAAGGAAUCCAGCCACGCGGGGGACAUCGGCGUCACCGAGGUCAACAAAAACGCCGCGGCCGUCUGGACUCGCAUGGACCAACUCGGCCAAAAUUUGGCAAACAGUCACUUUCCCUUCGACGACAUCCCUCGACUCGACCCGCCGCCGCCGUCGGGCAAGAAGCGUCUCCCUCGGGCGUUGAUGACCACCCGGGAAAUGAUGAUCUCCUCCGACCCGGUGGUCUCCUCUCCGGAUGCUGCGGACUUGCCCUCGCCCAUCUCCUCCCCCGAAACGACGCCCUUCAUCGCCGAGGAGGACGCGCAGAACGGCGAGCCGGACGACGGCUCGGCGGAUUUCGGCUCCGCUGCAGAGCCAGCCGGCGGGAUCUCGGCGGUCGGGGGGACGGAGGUCGCGGGAAGCGAUGGAAAGGCGGAGACGCGUGCGGAAGAAUCGAGCGGAGGACACGUUGAGGAACAGCAGCUUCAUCCCUCCGUGCCGGACCUCCUCAAUAAGGAUCCUCCGUUACUCGAGGCCCGGGCCAAAACCUGCGAGGUGUGGCAGGGGCCGUUGGAUGUGGACUCGGGCGUGACCUCUUCGCCUCGCUCGGGCAAAACUCGCCGCCUCAGCCUAUGCGAGGAGGCCUCCGUCGCCGAAAGCGGCAAAGAUGAUCCGCCGACUCCGGAGGACGCGGAGCCGCAUCCGGAUCUGCUGUCCUUUGACUGAGUCCGAGACGCCGUCGCAGUUUGAUUCCGAUCAUAUUCGGCGGGUGGUGCAAAGCCGUGACGCUGAUGCAGAAAACACAACUGCAGAAUUUUUUGGAAAAAGGGAACAAAACCGGGAAGAGAGCAGCAAACGUGUUCUUCGGUCACAUUUCAAAAGCUUUGACAGUCAAAAAAGUCCAGCUUCUCACGGCGGUUUGCUGUCUAGGAAAACCGCACGUAGUCCAUCUCAAGAGAAAUUUGAAACGAGACGCCAAAGGAGAAGAAGAUGUUUGACGGUUGUAAAGGAGAAAUGACCACUUGAACUUUUUACUGACGUAUCCGCCUUGAUAAUGAAGGAAGCUCAAAUGCAACAGUGAAGGGUGCAAAAAAAAAUGGGGUGAAAGGCUCACGGAAGGAGAACAGGGCAGAGCGCUGAUUUUAAAAUUCCCUUUUUGAGGGCUGUUGGCCAUCGGUUCCAAACAUCGGAAUUCACAUCAAACCAACAUACAAAAAAAAUGCAUUGAUUGUUGUUUGUUGAGAUUGGAAAAUGUUGCUGCAAAAUAUGAGUGAAGAUGUUUCAUGGAGGAGCAUCCAAAACUGAGCAAACGUUUCCCUCAGCGGCUGGAGGGAGACAUUGAUUGAUUGAUUGAUUGAUUGAUUGAUUGAUUGAUUGACGGAUAAAUGAAUGUAUCGAAAGUGAGCUGGUUAGAAACAUCCAUUCUGUGGUUCUUCCCAUCAUCGAUGGUUUGAAUAUUGAGAACAAUUCCACAGUACAUAAAAUAUUUUUUUUUUCUAACAAGCUCCCUUCUCACUCGACCCCCCCCCUUCACCUUUUUUUUUUUUAAUGACCUUGCGGCCCCUGUCAAAUUGUCAAUUUUAUUUUUUUGGGUCGUGACGCAGGCCGCCGAAAAAUAGACGGCGGGCCGCGAUGGGCCCCCGGGCCAUGGUUUGGACACUCCAGGUGUAGCCUGUGCCUUUUGGGGGACACAAACUGCAGUUGUGAGCAGAUUCCACCCCCCGCCCCGAAUAAAUGACCAAACGAGGUCGACAAGUGGCCUCUCCAAGUGACCGAUGGGACCCCGCAGGGGGGGACUUGUUGACCUCCGAAGCCAACCGUAGUUCCCAAGAAAACACAAAGAGGCGAGCGUUGUUAGGGCGCGAGGCCGCGUCACCAAAAGGAAUGCGGAGCCGGACUCCCUUUUUGAGAAAAGCCACUUGAGUUUCACUCGCUACUCGCAGUCUAUUUACGAGGCCGCCGUCUUUGUCUCUUUGUCACGCGAGGCGGGCCGGGCAUCCUGAAACGGCUUUGUUGGCCGUCAAGCCGUAACGCGGCGGCGCUCCCACGCGGCUCCUUCGCGCUUUGGGGGGCGGAGGUGGGGGGGGGGGGGAUUAAACCGGGAUUACGAGCUCCUGGUUUUACGGCGGCGCCGGCAAACCUUUUCCAGUAGCUGCUGGAAGUGGCUUGUCAAAUGUCACGCGGUAGAUUUGGAGCUCCUGCAAACACUUGAGUCCAAGUCCGUCCUUGACUCUGCUAACGAUGUAAUUCAAAUGGACUUUUUUUUUUUUUUAAAUACAGAAAUGAGACAAUGAGAUCAAAUGAAAACUAAUUCAACACUUUUUUAAAGGAGUUUUUAGGAAUUUUGUAUCCCAACCACUUCUUUUUUUUGUACUCAAAAUGAUGCAAAUUUUGGUGCCUUUUAUACCGACGCAAGUUUUUUCGACAAUACGUGUCGUAAUAUGUGAAGUAUCUCAAAGUCAUCUCGUCUGGUGAUGAAAAACAGCAUCUUUUUUUUUUUGUAGUCCGAGUCGUUUCCUUGUCGAAUCCUUUCGGGGCUUGUUUUGUGAGCUCAACAUGAAAUCACGAAUGAAGGAAGUUAAUAAACGUCUCUGGAUGAUGAAAUGAAGGAAGAAAGGAGCCGCUCAAAACAAAAGGUCACGACCCCUUGGGAUAUGAUAUUGAAGGUUUAUUUUGCAAAAUGUAUCGCUCACCUGCUGAUUGUAAUCAACAUCAUGUGGAAAUAGAUUGGAGUUGGAAUUUU